UAUGGUAAUAAUAUCCUCAUAAUGAUUGAUAUAGCUCACCGUACUCAUAAAUCUGAUAGGAAUGGUGAUUGGGAAUUACAUAUUGAUGCUCUGAAAAAACAGCAGCCACUUUAUUUUGCUCUAGACAGAAUUCAUUAUGCUCGGUACGGCCCUAUUCAUUUGGAAGAUUGUUUAAAUCCCGAAAGAGAUAUGCCUGAAGUUUAUAAUGAGUUCAAAAAGGGAAAAUUUACAGUCAAGCACACGUCAAAGCCGUUUUCAUCCGUGGCAACUGACCAGGCACUCGAGCAGACGAUAAACAAAUCUGCCAAAAGUACGUCGGGAAUAAUUGGCUCAACAAAUAAAAAAGCGCAGUUGCAGUGUGGAAUAUGACAUUCCACGAGUUAGUCGGCAUAAAUAGUUUUUAUAGAGAAAUUUGUGGGUUAGACGAUGACAACGAAGAGCUCAAUGUACACCACGAAUUUAAUCUCACCAACACUGAAUUUAUGGAGAAAGCCGUAGAUGAUGUAGUGCAGUAUUUAUCAAAGCGUACCAACCCAUUCGAAGAAGGCUGCCAACCUCUUCGAAAUAUCGUUACAGGCCAACUGGUGGAAGAAAGGGUAGCAGAAAAAAUUUUGGAUGUCUUCAAAAUCGGUUGUGAAAAAUUUAAUGAGUUUAGACAAGAGAGAAUUGUUUAAAAAAAGGUACCAAUUUCGGCGACAAUACAUAAUACAAAACUUCCCAAUUUCAAGACUGUUUAUAAAGAAGUAAUUACAAAAACGGCAGCACAAAAACAAGACCCUAUACAUCAAUCUGUUAAAAUAGUCGACAUUGCAAGGGAACGUAAUUAUGACAUUAGGAAACUGUUUUGCUAUGAACUUACUCCAAAAAAUAAAUUGUUUGAUACUGGAUUGAUGCAUAAAGAACCAAGAAAGUACGAAUUGAUUCAGCAACUUGAAAAAUAUCUUGACCCAAAAUCAGAUUAUAUUAUUUCCAACUCAAUUUCACAUGUCAUGGUAGACGUUAUAUUUUUUUUGCCACAAAGUAUCAUGGGCCAACUUGAAAAACUUUGCUGAUUUUGCAAAAACAUUUUGCAACUUGGUUAAAUCAAAUAGUUUUUAUGACAAUUUAAAACGUAUCGACUUUCUAUUUGAUGACUACUUUGAGCUCUCACCCAAGGCAUCAGAAAGAAUACGUAGAUCGAAUGAAGAAUUUAUUGAAAUGUUUGAAAUAACUGCAGAUACAGCAUUGCCAUCACAAAGUGAAAAAUUCUGGCUUAGUGAGACGAAUAAGCAAAUGCUUCAAAUAUUUUUAAGAAAAUACAUUUUUUUAAAUUGUAAUGAAAUUUGGCCUGGCGUAGAAUUAGUUUUUAGUACGAUUGAAUCAUACGAAUGCACAUCGACUCAUGCACACUUGAAAAAAGAUCCUUCUAUGAGUACCUUACAAAGAUUUGAUCUAGAAGAAGCUGAUACAAAAAUGAUUUUACACAUUAAUGACUGUUGCUACGAAGGAGCGCGUAACAUAUUGUUGCUAUCAUCGGACACUGAUAUUCUCACACUGGCUCUGAACUUUUGGGAUACUUUUAAAUCGAAUGGUUUACAGGAAUUAUGGAUGCGAGUUGGAGUAGCUGCGACCAUUAGAAAUUUACCAGUUCAUAAGCUUGCAAAUAAAAUGGGCCCUGAAAAAUACAAAACAAUAGUAGCUGCUCAUCAAUUGUCUGGGUCUGAUUACACCAGUAAAGUUGGUACUAAAUUAAGCUGUCUAGCUGCAGAACCAGAAGGUUCUCUUCUUCAUUUCGGUCGAAGAUUUGUCACUUUUAGAAUUAGGCGUCAUCUUCCGGUAAUUAUGGUAUUGAUUCUCCGAUUGGCUGUGCCUCCUACUUCGCUCCCACCACUCAGUGACCGGCCGGUGAAGUUUAAACCAAACCGUCUUCAAACAAAGAUGAAGAUUUGGUGCCAACUUCGCCGGCCGGUCCGAAAAUCUGAAACCAACAGCAGAUCAGAAGAGCUCCUAUUCAUCGAAAACAUACGGCACACUCGGAGCCGUACUCGGAGCCGUUUUAUGCCACUGCAUAAAACUUUGGAGGACGAGCUCAAUCCUAAUUUUUUGGAAACGAACCUGAACCUUGGUGGUGGAACAACAACGAAACAUAAGACUGCUGAGUACAGUUUUUCGAUCUCCAUUCAGUUGUUUUGUCGUGAAUAUCCGCCGAAUUUUACACGAUUCCGCCGGCCUCAAGCCGUUUGCACCGGUAAAACCGAAAUGACGAGCAUAAAUAUGUCAACGCUCGACCAAGGUCGCGCCGAUUUUGCAGUUCCGUCAAAUGCGAGCAACGCGUCGCGAUGGAAUUUCAUAUAA